AAAAGAGCUGUUACAUCUAAAUGCAAGUAGCAUCUAGCUCUUCCCUCUUGCGGCCAUCGCUGAAGCGCCAGCGGCCAAAAUGAAGUUUAAUCCCUUUGUGACUUCUGACCGGAGCAAGAACCGAAAACAGCAUUUCAGUGCACCUUCCCACAUUUGCAGGAAGAUCAUGUCUUUCCCUCUUUGCAAAGCGCUGAGACAGAAGUGCAACGUUCGUUCCAUGCCCAUCCGAAGGGAUGAUGAAGUGCAGGUUGUGCGAGGACACUGCGAAGGUCAGCAGAUUGGCAAAGUAGUCCAGGUUUACAGGAAGAAGUACGUCAUCUACAUUGAACGAGUGCAGCGAGAGAAGGCAAACGGCACAACCAUCCAUGUAGGCAUUCACCCUAGCAAGGUGGUUAUCACCAGACUAAAACUGAACAAAGACCGCAAAAAGAUCCUUGAACGUAAAGCCAAAUCUCACCAAGUAGGAAAGGAAAAGGGCAAAUAUAAGGAAGAAACAAUUGAGAAGAUGCAGGAGUAAAGUAAUCUUAUAUGCGACUUGAAAUAAAAACUGUUAAAAUGAAAAAAAAAUAAAUAAGUAAAUGCAAGUAGCAUCUAGCUAUUAACCUAGUAUUAGGAAGAAGGAAGGAGACUGUUUAAAGUCUUUGUCCUCAACAAAGUGGAAAGUUUAAGGACAGUACGAAUGAAUACAUACAGCAUUAGGAUGCUAUCUUUCUAAGUUAUAUCCAUACUACUUUGGGGGUAUUAAGUCCUCCUUUAUUUUGGACUAAUAGUAAAUGAUAGUGGUAGUGGUUGGUAGUUUGAGGUCCUUUCUUUUCAAAAGUGGCAAAUCUAUGCUGUUUAUCAGAAUCUUCUUUUAAAUUUCAAUAUCCUGUGAAGUCCUAAGACUAGGAACCAUUGUUUUUGGAGACACUGGAAAAUUAUUCCUUCUGAUUUGAAGAAAUACAUAACAGUAGCAUUUCCUAUAGGAAGCAGUAUAAAGCAAUAUAGAAAAGUAAUAAAGAGUGUGGAUUCUGAAGCCAGACUUAACCUGGGUUCAGAAAAUAUCUCUGCCACUUCUUAUCCACAUGACCUUGGAAAAGUUACUUAAUCUCCCUGGGCCUCAGUUUCCUGUCUAUAAACUAAAGAUAGUGAUAACUCCUGCUUUAUAGGGUUAUUGAAAUAAUUAAAUUAAUCCAUUGGAAAGUAUUUAAGAUAAUACAUAGUAGUCACUCAAUAAAUGUCAGCUAUUAUUGUUGUGGUGGUGAUAGUUAAAAUUGUAGUGUUAUUGUUAUUUAAAGGCACCUUAGAUGACUAAGGUCCUUUUUGCUUCUGCAUGAAGAGAGAAAUUGAAGCAAGACACACAUUCUAGUUGAUUAAAAUGCUAGAAGAGGGCGCCUGGGUGGCUCAGUUGGUUAAGCGACUGCCUUCUGCUCAGGUCAUGAUCCUGGAGUCCCUGGAUCAAGUCCCGCAUCGGGCUCCCUGCUCGGCAGGGAGCCUGCUUCUCCCUCUGACCCUCCCGCUCUUGUGCUCUCUCUCAUUCUCUCUCUCUCAAAUAAAUAAAUAAAUCUUUAAAAAAAAAAAAGAUUGUCUUAAAAAAUAAAAUAAAAUGCUAGAAGACUAGCUGAUAUUUACUGAGUACUUACCAUGCAGUGACAGUGCAGAAUUCAAACUGGAUUCUCUGGCUUCAGGAUUGUCUGGCUUCAAAGCUCAUAUGUAAAAUCACUGUACCAUAUUACCUCUAAAAUAAAGGAAAUCAUAUGAAAGCUUUGCCUUUGAAUAAUAUUAAUAGCCUAAACAGAUGUGGAGUCAAACAGUGGCCAAGAGGGGGAAAAUCUAUAGGACAGAAAACAAACUGAAAGGGUACUUAAUAAAUUUCUGUAAUGUGCCAAAGCUGUAGACAAGGUAUGUGAAGAAUCUGAUUCAAAAUAAGAUUCAGUGGCACUAGAAAAAGCACAUUAACUUAAAUCUGGAGAAAAGUGCUUG